AUGAAUUUAAAACUAUUCGUGAAUAAUAUUAAUAAAUAGAAACCAAGCUAUUAAAAUGUUAACAAUCCCAGAAGAAGCUUCACAAGAAAUCGAGAAAAGAAUCGCUGAUUUCAGUGAUGAUAACUCACAUACCAUAUUUCUUGUGGGAAGCAAAUCUGUGGGUAAAACAACUCUACUGAAUUCUUUCCUGGAUAAGACCGAUACGCCACGUGAAACAUUAGUGUUGGAAUACUCAUUUGGUCGAAAAUCAAAUCAAAGACAAGCAAUCGAAAAGAUGUUAUGUCACGUAUGGGAAUACGGUGGUAAAUUGGAUAAUAAUAUGUUAAAUACUAUCGUCGCGUCAGUUUUAAGCCACGGAAAUAUUUUUUUCUGCAUCAUGGUUGAUUUAAGCAAAAUAAAAACUAUUUGGAAUACUUUAGAGAUUUGUUUAGAAGCAGUACCUAAAACGUACAAAGAAUCUGAAAUCUCAUCAGAGCUAAUCAUAAUAUGCGGCAAAUAUGAUCUUUUCAAAAAUUAUGACAGUGACAUAAAGAAGUUUAUAUGCACAACCCUUAGAAGCGUGGCUUUGAUCUACAAUGCUCAUUUACUAUUUUAUUCAUCGAAAGAACCGCAGUUAGCAAAACGAGCAAAAGAAUUAUUUCAUAACAUUGGCUUUGGUACUUUUUCUUCAUUUAAGGAUAAAAAUACGAAUUUUGCUAAACCGUUGGUUAUUUCGAAUAAAACGGAUUCUUGGGAGAGCAUCGGAUUACCAACAUCCACAAUAGAAGAGAUAAAACUACGGCACCUAUCACGAAUUCCCCCUGAAGCUCAUGUCGAGGUAACCGAAGUAGUAAAGGCACCCCGGCAUACGCAUCCUGAACCAGUACUAGAUGCAAAAGUCACUCUAAAAUAUGAAGAAUUGCGCAAUUUGCCGACACUUGAUAUCUCCAUAGACGAUUAUUUGGUUGGAAUAAAAUAA